UUAAGAAUUUGUGUGUCAUAGAAAAUUUACUCGAAGAAAUGUGCAUUUUCUUUGGCAGAACUGUGUAUAAAUUUAGGUAGACAACAAAAUAUUUGUUUAAAUGAAAACUUUUGAACAUUGAAGACUUCUGUGUGGUGUGUUUAUUUUGCAAACACACAGGAUAAAAUUUAAUUGUAACAAUUGAGUUAACAAAUUGUGAAGAUGGCUAGUCAAAAUAUUUCAAAUUCAUCGUUAGCUCAGCGAUAUCAACCAGUUGCAAUUGUGGGUCCGUAUAAAGACAAUGGUAGCUCUAAUAAUAGUGGAGGAACUGAUUGGCCACCAACAGUGCCAGCACGUAGCUCACGACGACCAACUAUAACUGCCGGCAGUACAUCACCAAAUUCAAUACAACCAUUAAUAAAUACGAAUGCAACAACACCUGGUCCUGUACCACCCACACCGCCACAUUAUAUACCACCACCGUCCAUUUAUCCAGAACAAUUUCAUAAUCGUGAACUUCAACAGCAGCAGCAUGUAGUGAUACCACCACCUCCACCACCUAUUCAGCACGACGUCAAUGUUAAUCGAAUACAAUCACCUCGCAGUGAAGUCAAAUUAAAUUCAAUGCCAUGGUUUCAUGGGAAAAUUUCACGUGAACAAGCUGAAAAACUGUUAAUGCCACGAAUCGAUGGCCAAUUUUUAGUUAGAGAAUCAACAAAUUUCCCUGGUGAUUAUACCUUAUGUGUGUGUUGGCAGAAUCAUGUUGAACAUUAUCGAGUGAAGUAUAGGGAUCACCAUUUAACAAUUGACGAUGAAGAAUUUUUCGAAAAUUUAACACAAUUAGUCGAUCAUUAUCAACAAGAUGCCGAUGGUCUUUGCACACAGCUUACAAAAUGUCUUCCAAAAGUAACACAGGACUUCAUCGAUACAAAACCAUUUGCAGAUGGUGGCUGGAUUAUUCAAGAUCGUGAUCUAGAGUUACGUGAACCAUUAGGGAAAGGCGAAUUUGGUGAAGUAUUUUUAGGAUUAUGGCGUGGCGAAAAAGUUGCAGUCAAAAUGCUUAAAGAUUCAAGUGAAGCUGCCCAAAAGUUCCUCACAGAAGCUUCUCUAAUGACAUCAUUGCGUCAUGAGAAUUUAGUUCAGUUAAUGGGUUUAGUCGUAAAUAAUCGCCACAUUUGUUUGGUAACUGAAUAUAUGAGUAAAGGUAGUUUAGUAGAUUAUUUGCGGUCUCGAGGACGAUUACAUGUUACUAGAAAAGAUCAAAUCAAUUUUGCGUUUGAUGCGGCAAGUGGUAUGGAGUAUUUAGAAAUGAGAAGAGUUGUUCAUCGUGAUUUGGCAGCUCGUAAUGUUUUAAUUUCUGAAAGUGGGGUAGCUAAAGUUUCUGAUUUCGGACUUGCACGCACGGAAUGUGGCAACUCUGAUACAGGAAAACUACCAAUUAAGUGGACUGCACCUGAAGCGCUCAAACACAAUAAAUUUUCUAAUAAAUCGGAUAUGUGGAGUUUUGGUAUAUUACUUUGGGAAAUUUAUUCAUUCGGUAGAGUUCCAUAUCCAAGAAUUCCAUUGGCGGAUGUUGUGAAACAUGUAGAGAAAGGGUAUAAAAUGGAAGCUCCUGAAGGAUGCCCGUCAGAAAUAUAUGAAAUAAUGAGACAGGCCUGGGAUUUAUUACCUGAUAAAAGACCGACUUUUAGGGACGUAAAAGUAAAGCUCGCCCAAUUGAAAUCUACAACAACAUGAAAUAAUAAGGAAUGUGUGCACCAGUUGAAAAUAUAAAAAUUUGAAGCCAAAUGUUACCAUAGAAGAAAAACGAUUUGUAAAUAACACAAAUGAAUAUUUGUGUAUGUUUUUUUGUUUGUUUUUAAAUUAUUAGAUGCGAUUUGAUAUAAGAUUUAAUUUAUAUUCAUUUAUAAACAA